AUGACAAGGACUCAGCAACUCCCUGAACGCCAUCCCAAGCUGAUCGUCUUUGAUCUGGACUAUACACUAUGGGAAGAAUGGAUUGACUCCACUUCAGGACCACCCUUUUCGUAUGACAAGGCCAAGAACGUUGUUUACGACAGGGAUGGAUACGAGAUGCAUCUCUUCAAGACCACCACAGCCAUCUUUGCACUUAUCCACAACUCGAUGCCCAAUACCAAGAUUGCUAUUGCUUCACGCACGCAUACACCUGAUUGGGCUUAUGCUGCGCUUAAAUUACUGCGGAUUCCAGAGUUGAACAUGACGAUGCAUGCAGCCAUUGAACGCUUUGAGAUCUAUCCCAGCAGCAAAAUCAAGCAUUUUGAAGCAUUAAGGCGAAAGACGGGGAUCGAUUGCAGCGAGAUGAUCUUUUUCGAUGAUGAAUGGCGUAACAACGAAGUCAGGACAUUGGGUGUCCAUUUUCAUCAUGUCGACUCUCGCAAAGGUGUCACGAUGCAACAAUUCAUGGAUGCCUUGAGCAAGUAUGAUCGGGAUUCACGCUACGUCCAAACCAAGCUCGAUUUUAGCAAGCAUACAUCACAAUGA